AUGUAUUUGUGUGGCUGCUUUGUAGUAAUGUAUUUCAGACCUAUUUUUUGUAUUGUGUCGUUGUUUGUAUUGUUGUUUUGGACCUUAAGCAGUUGUUUUGUAUUGAUUAUUAAGACCUAAAGUGCCUAUUUUGUUAUUGAUAUUUCCGAUCUUAAGUGGUUAGUUUAUACUGCUACUAUAUUGUUGAUGCCCACAGAUGGGCAAAGGGAAGGAUAAGGUUGACGGUGACAACUGUACUCGUGAGAGGACCAUUCUAUGGGAUGAGGAUCAAACAAAGUUCAUGCUUGGUUGGUACAUGGACUUCAUAAAGGAUCAACAUGCCGGUUUUAAGGUUAAAAAACAGCACCACUUUAAGUGUGCAGAAUCAUUGAAUAGACAAUUCAAUAUGGGGGUAACAGCAACUCAAGUGGAGAGACAUUUUAGGCAUUACAAAGAAAAUUGGAAGUUCAUUGCAACAACCUUAAACAAGAGUGGUAACACUUUUGACACAACAAGGUCUAUGGUAAUCAUAUCAGAAUCAGAGAAGGAAAAACUAAAGGAUAGAGCAAGGAGGCUCCUUUCAAAGCCCAUCAAAUUCUUCAAUGAAAUGCAGGAGCUAUUCCUUGACAGUAGUGCUGAUGGAUCUCUUGCCAUGGAUGCUACUACUUGCCUAAAUGAAAGUCAACCUGUCGAUGAUAAUGAUAAUGAUGAUGACAUAUGCAAUGAUGUCUCCAACUAUGGUCAACCUGAGGAUGACCUAGGUGAUGACUCUGACACUUUACCAUCUCCUAAAAUUCCAUCUCAAGUUAUCGAUCAGAGCUCAUCUAGCUCUGGAAUCAAGCGUCCAAGAGGAGAUGCCAUACCAGUCAAAAGAGAUGUGAGACCACGGAGCCGCAUGGCAAAGAUAGGAGAUGAAAUCAACACUACUUUGAUGGAUCUUCGGAACGAACUUAAACAACCACCACCUCCACCUAUUAUACCUUCUUUGAACUCUGAUGCCGAAUUAUGGCAAAGGCUUGAAAAAAUGACAUUGACUACUGAUCAAAAACUGAUAGUUGGGACAUUUCUAGCAUCAAAGGAUUAAAAGGGCAUGCGUGGUUUCUUAUCCGCUUCAGCUGAAACAACAUUUCAGUCAUGGGUAUUCAAGUUUUUGAGUGAUUCAACACUACUGUGAAGUGAUUAGGUGAUUCACAUAUCAUUAGUUUUAUUGUUUCAACUUGUACUUAGCUGAUAUGUUUUGCACUUGUUUUAGGCUCAACCAGGUACUCUUUUGUGGAUGGAAGGGUGGUGUUGUUGGCUGGCUGUUUUGGUGUGAAUUCCUUAGGUGGUUGCCUGUUAUUUUGCUCAGUGGCCAGGUGAUGUUUAUGGCGGUGGUGAUGCCUCAUUCUUUUGCACGUCUUCUAAGCUGAUCAAUAAGGCUUAAGGAGAUGGAUGGUGCUGCUCAUAGCUGAAUGUUUAGCACCAUUAUAUAUACAUAUUUGUGUGUGUAUUGUAAUAGCAACUACCUCAGACUGUUUCGAAUCUAUUUUAGACCUAUUAAUCAGCUGUAAUGAACAUGUUGUGGAGCUAUUAUGAACUGAUUAUUAGCUUAUCAUGCGCAUGUGAUUAUAGUGGUGUAAGUUUUUUAUA